CGGCGUCUGACUCUGGCAGACCUCCAAUCUGAGGCUGAGUCUAGUGGUCUACAUACAGUUGCCAACAUGCGAAUAGUCAACUUUCCAAAGAGCUAUGCGACUCCCGUCUCAAACAAGUUCUUGAGUCUUUUCUUGUUGCAGGAGCCCAUGCAGUGAGAAUCUGUUCUGGAAACUUCCGGAACAUUGACACGUAGUAGCUAUAACCAGUUAGUUCCGGUACUAGGUAGUUACCUUAGCACUCUAGAUGUUUCUAGAACGUCUAACUAACAGGUAUAUAAACGGUGCUACAUAGAGUAAGAGACAGAGUGCGAGUUGAGUUGAUACGACGUUUGUAGUUCUUAGUGUGCUUUGUAUUAGAGUAUACAUAUUUCGAAAUUCCUAUUGUCUCAAGAACACAACAGGAUUUUGCUGGCGACGAGGAAAACAAUGUCUGCAGAGAUACAGCAACUCGUUUCAGUUCUUCAGGAACAAAUCCGCUUGACGCAACAGCAGCACAAGGAGGAAAUGGAACAACAACGAGAGAUACACAUGCGGCAGAUUGACAUUCUGGAACGUCAACUCAAAAAAAGCCACUCCACUGUACAUCGUCCUGAUCAGAAGUUUCAACCGUUUGACUCAACGUCCGAACUAUGGAGAGACUAUUGGUCAAGGUUUCAGACUUUCACUGAGGCAAACUCUUUACCAGAGGAAAAGCUAGCAUUGGUCUUUCUAACCAAUCAAUCCAGUGACGUCUUCAAACUAAUUGACAAUUAUGCAUCACAACUGACUCCACCCACGUCAGCCAAUAAACUGUCUAUGAACCAAAUACAGGAGUUCAUGUCCCAACAUUUUGAUCCCAAACGAUUUGUGGUGAGAGAACGUUUUCGCUUCUGGAGCGAGAUCAAACGAAAACCAGGAGAAACCCCUCACGAACUCGCUGCCAGAGUACGUCAGAUGGCUACAACUUGCGAUUUCCCAUCAAUAAAAGACCCCCUAGAUGAAGCUAUGCGCAGUUGUUUCUUGUGUGCAAUUAACAAUGAAGCUGUGCUAAAAGCUGCCUUCAAAACUAAGGAGGAGGAUCUCACGUUUCAGAAUGUGGUUCAGAUCGCAACGGAAGUAGAGGAAGCAGCCAAGACCGCGAAAGCUCAAGUGUAUGCCAAACCGGAUAACGUUCCUGUUCACAAAAUCACCAGCAAAUCUCGACUAUCGACGCCUAAGCCACACUCAAAACAGGCGCUUUCCACUUCAACAGACCACAAGCCAUGUGCUAGUUGUGGAAAGAAGGAUCACCCUAGAGACAAGUGUCGUCACAGGGAUGCAGAGUGCCAUUUCUGCAAAAAGAAGGGACACAUCGAAGCUGCCUGUCGAAGCAAACAGACCAAGAAAGUAAGAUGCAUCACUUCAGUCAAUACGGUACGCAGCCAGGAUAUUCCUCAGUUGCAAAUACAAAUCUCUCAGAACGGGAAGCAACACUCAUACCUGGUAGACACCGGUGCCAGAAUGAACUUUAUAUCUUUGGCACGAUGGAAAGCGAUUGGUAAGCCACCAAUCCAACCGACUACAGAAGAAUAUCGUUCAGCAUCAGGACACAACAUACCAAUUCUGGGUACUACAUGCGUAGAAUCUUCUCUACUGACAGGGGAAGACAAGGAGGUUCUCAAAAAACAACUGGAAUUUACAGUUACGAAAUUGAACCUCAAUCUCAUUGGACUGCAAACAUUAUUGGAUUGCGAUAUCAGCAUACUAGACAGCCUCAUUUGCGAGACCGCACAGAACACAUCUGUGUGUACAGUCUCAGAUCACACAUCUCUCCAAAAAGCAUGUCAGCAACUCACACAAGAGUUUCCUGAUCUUUGGAAAAACGAGCUUGGAUGCCUCAAAGACUUUCAGUUGGAGGUGAAAUUCAAGUCAGACGCCAAACCAGUUUUCUGCAAACCGCGCACAGUGCCAUUUGCACUACUGGACGACCUGUCUCUAGCCUACAACAAGGGUAUUGACAGGGGCUUAUGGAAACGUGUGCAGUUUAAUGAUUACGGAACACCAGUCGUUCCAGUAAGGAAGUCACCAUCAGCUAGUCACCCGCAAGGAAGCAUCAGAGUGUGUGGAGAUUACUCUGUAACAGUAAAUCCGCAGCUGGAGACACAUCGGCACCCGCUGCCGCUUCCUGAAGAUCUCAUGCACAGAUUGGGCGGUGGUUACUAUUUCUCAAAGAUUGACUUAGCCGAUGCCUACAACCAAAUUCCACUUGGUCCAGAAAGUCAAAAAACGACUUGCUCUCAGCACGCACAAAGGAGUGCUCUUGCAAAAACGCCUACCCUACGGUAUCAGUUCUGCACCAGGAUAUUUCCAGGAGAUCAUGGAACAGCUCACUAGUGAUCUCUCAGGAGU